AUGAAGGCGCCAGCAGUCGAUCAGCUCGUUUACGAGUUUAUGUUUCCCAAACCAAAACCUAAUGAUCCGCAGAAUUUCCAGGGCUUGCUCCAGCGAAACCUUGUCCCUGAAGUCCGUCUCGAAACGCAAGCUUUCUACGGACAUCUGUCUUCACAAGAAGCAAAGUAUCCCGGGCUCGAUUACUCCUACCAACCACACCGAGUCCGACUUUCCCGCUACCCCUGGCAUCGAAGACUCUUCCGCGCGUUCGACAAUGUUGGGCUGACCAGACACGAGAUUGCGAGCUUGACGAAGUGGGAGGGUACGCGUUGGGCGAAGGAAAGAUUUGAGCGGGAACAAGGAAUUGUGAUCCGAGACACGACGGCAGAUGGGAUUUUUGAUUGGGUUCCACCUGAGCUACGCGUCCCUGUUACCCCAUUGGCACACCGUGCCGAUAUUGAGGAUAUGGAGGACAUCCAGGAGGAUGAGGAGACCGAGGAGAAUGAGGCCGAAAAUGAAAUGGAUGAGGAUAUAGAUGACUCGGAUGUUGAGAUCCAGAGCGUGGGUGUUGCGCUGAAUGAGCAACUGCGAGCUAAUGCUGCUCUACGAGCGGCUGGUAGCGAUACGAUUAUGGAUGAAGCGUGGGAGCAGUGGUUGAAGGAAGCUGCCGAAUCUGGGGGAAUCCCAUACAUGCCUACAGAGCUUUCACCAAAUGCCAAUAUUCCGGGGACUAGACCAGCGGUUGAGAACUCCGCUAUGCCCUCCAGACUUUUAAAUGCGGCGAGGAUGGGACAGUGGUCACAGAUUCCGGAGGCUCUACAUAAUGUCGUUCGACAACACAUCUCAGACAACAACCGCCGGAUGGAGGAUGCCCAUCUUGGUCCUACCACACCCUCACAUGGCUCGAGAAGUGCUAAUCCUCUGUUCGUUUCGAGACCACCAGCUCCAACAAGCGCUACUAGCUCGCCAUUCUCAAGAACUUCAACUGCAAGCACGACCAGCUCCCCUUUCCAAUCGAGAUCCAGCCUCAGUUCCCGUGCUAGAAUCAUCCCAGUCGCAAUGUCCCAAGCAAGAGAUCCGAGACUGAGUGUCAUUCUCGGGGCAAGUCCAUCCAGUGUCACGUACCAGUACAGUCGCCUCGGGGUACCCAACCACGCACAGAAUCCAUGA